UAUCCAAGAUACUUAAACACUUUCGUAAAAUCUUCAUUUUUACUCUGAAAGAUAGUUUUAAGGUAUAAUGGUAUAUUUUUGAAAAACAGGACGAUGAAAAGGAACAUAAUAAACAAUUGAAAGAUGACAAAUUAGUGUGUCAUACAAAAGGUAAAUACGAGUAUAGACCGCGUCGAAGGUCUCCCAAAAGUGGUUUAAAACCGAGUUACUUCCGGGAGAAGCACCACGCUGUUCGUUCAAAAAGAAUGCACGAGGGGAAGAUAAAAGGUCACGAUAAGAAAGGUAUUGAGAUCGAAGGGACGGGGAGUAAAAAACACUCGAAAUUGGCGAGCGAUUGUCGAACCGAUAAUCGUAGGAUGACCGGAAACGUGAAUAUCUAUAUCUGCUCGGAAACCAACGAGAAUACACAGGUAAGUCAGGACGCAUCUGGUCCGUGCACAGAAUCGAGUUCGGAAACAACCACGGACCGAUCGAAGAUAUGUUCGAGUAAACUUGUGACCUGCAUCCGAAACAAGCGCAGGAAAUGCAAAGAACAAAAAUCAUUGGAUCUUCUUCCGCAAAAAGAGGAAAGCAGCGACAACAGCAACAUAUCCAGCCUCGUUUCGAAAUCCACAGAUUCUAACAUCGUGAUAGGAGAAGAAAGUAACGAUUUCCUUGUGUGCAAGGAUACAGAGUCCACUUUAACCGAAUGCGAAUGCAAGGACAGUAGCAACAGCGAUGCAACGAUAAAUGGAUCGGAUGAAUCUUUCACAAGAUCGAAGUACGUCGUGUGUGAUAGCGUAGAAAAGCCUUGUUCCACGAUUUAUCCUUCGAAAAUUCAUUCGAAAUCAGACACCGAUGAGUGGUCGUCGAAAUCAGUCUGCAGCAGUCGAAACGAUGAUUACACCUCCCUGGAUCGGCAACGUGGAAUCGUGUUGUGUGAUAAAAAGCCUGAAUUUGACUACAGUAAUUAUAAUAAUUUGAAAGAGAGAAGGAAGUUCCCGAAGGCUUGCAGAUGUCGUAAACAAAAUCGGGAACCCGUUGGUGAUAGACGGUGCAGUUGUGGUGGAAAGAGACGAAGGGCGAUGGAAAAAGAAAAUUGUGUUCAGCCAUUGUCAACCUGCGCUUGUAUUGCUGAGGAAGAAGAGGAGGAUGUGUGUAUGGAUGUUGAAACUUGUAAGAAAUCAGUGGAAGAUCCGGUAAGCGUUUGUCGAGAUGCUUCUAAAAGUUUAGAAGAACCUGUAGAAAAAUUUGUAGCGUGUACCAAAAAAAGUGCUGGGAAAGAGAAAGAAAAGGAAAGUGAACAAAUUGAUGAAGAAACAGAGGAAGAGAAGAAAGAAAAUUUAGAGAAAGUGCCAGCUCCUCCAUCGACGCCUCGAAAAUUGAUAAGACCCGAAGCUUUGGUGCUAAAAAAUAUUUUAAAGCAGCAGAAUAAGCUAGCUGCGCAAACUAUUGAUCAAACUAAUACUAAUCCAGCUCCAUUGACUAAAACAAAUGCAAUAGAAAAUAAAAUGAAUCCGUCGAGUAACAAUGCAAAUAAUUCUCAAACGAAAGCUGAGCCAGCAUUUUUAAAAAGAUUCAACCUGAAGGAGCAGCAUAAAUUUAUAAAAAAAUCAGAGGUUGAAAAAGAACAGACCCCUUCACAGAAACCGGAAGACAAAACGCAGGAAGUUAAAGAGAAUGAAGAAGAUAAAGGUGCCAGGAAGUCCUUCCAGGAAAAAAUGAAGAGUAGCAUGUUCUAUAAGAGUUUCAGAAAAGUUCUCGAGAAAAAGGAAAGUCCAGAAAGAAAAUCUAAGGAGGAAGAUAAGGUCGGUGAAGAUACGAAGGGCAGCGCCGACAAAAAAGAUUCUAAAGACCCGAAAGAGAAGGAAAAAUUUUUUCAUAAAAUGAUGAAAGGGAAAAAGAAUAAGCAUGAAACAAACGUUUCACAGAAGAUUUCUGAAAAUGAUGCUGAUUCCAAGCCUGUUGAAUCAAUAAAGAUUGAAGAAGAAAAGAAGAAUAUGAAAGAGGAAACUUCUGCUAUUAAAGAAAAGGAAGAAAAGGUAAAAUUAUCGACCACGAUGGUUAGUAACAAACCUUCUCCUCCUUUAAUUAAAGAUACUAAAGUUGAAGAAAUGAAACAGAUAAAUCCUGAAAAAUCUGAAAAAGUAUCUGAGUCUUGGGAUUCGAAGAAGAUCGAACCUGGACCACCAAAGGACCCAGAAAUUCGACAGAAACCCGAUGACCGAGAAACAAAGAAACCAGAAACUCGAAAAUCUCUGACGGAAGACAAACGUAUAAAAAUUGACCUACCUUCUGAAGCAGCUACUGUGUGCGCCCAAUGCGUACGAAGGAAGUCAUUAAAUCAAGAAUCGAAACAAUGUUCGCAGAUUCACGUAUCAGAACCCCAUACAACCUGUGUGAAUCCAAACUUUAUAAGAUGUACAGAUAUUAAUGAAAAUUGUACCGUGGGUAAUGAGAGCAGAUGCACAUGUUGUUACUUACCAAUGUCACAGAGCACUAAUGAAUGUACAAAUCAUCCGAAGAGCUGUUUGAAAAAAGAGAGACAGUUUCGUUGUCCGAAUUCUCAGGAAACCAGUUCUUCGAUUCCUUGUUACGAUAAGAGGAAUUGGGCAGAGUGUGGGUGCAGAAGGGCGCUUUGUUGCGAGGGUUGUCGAAGGCCAAGGACCGAGUGCAGUUGCAGGUCCACCUAUGUACCCUGCGCUAAUUGUUGCAAACCUAGAAGCAAGUGCUCGUGCAAAUCAAUUUGCAAAACCAGAAGCACCUGCGGACACAUGAGGUCGAUGUUUUGUCUAUAUUGCGACAAUCCUCGGGAAACGUGUACGUGUAGAGCGCCGUUGCGAAAAUGCUCGUACUGCGAAUUGUCGAUAGACCUGUGCAGGUGCGAGGAACGGAAGACGAUUUGCGAUGGAAGACCGGUCCUGACCGAGGCCGAUAACGAUCGCACCAUGUACGUUACCGCGUGGAAACCGAGGGAAGAGAUACGACGUUACUUCUCGAGAAACUUGGACGUUCUUCGAACCGAUUCUAUCAAUGAAUGCUGGUGCCAUGAAAAGCUGAAACACCACAACUCCGAUGACCUUCCUUAUCAACGUUUGAGCGUCUUCUCUGACGUGAUGGACGAGCUGCAGCAGAAGUUGAGCGAGUCUUCGUGCUGCACUCGUUGCAGGAAGAUUCCCUGUUGCUGCAAUCCUAACGAGGGAAAGAUAAAAUGCUGUGUCAGUCCUAAAACAAGACGAAAGCUGGUAGCAGUAUGCAUGGAGAAGCCAAAGGUUAAAUCAAUGGGCAAUUACAAGUGCGACACGGGCAAGGAAAAAAGCGAUAGAUCGAGAAAAAUAAUAGUAUCCCUCUGUUGCGAGUGCAAAUCUACACCGUGCAGAUGCAAAAAGUCUAAAUCGAAUCAGAAGAAACCAAGAGCAAAGUGUUAUUAUUGCAAAAGCUCGCCUUGCAUCUGCAUUGCGACCGGAGAAUGCAACAAACCGAGGCCGUGCAGGUGUAAUGAUUCACCUUGUCGCACGAAAGAGAAGGAAAAGGCACUGCGUGGAAAAACAUCCACGAAACCAAAGAACAAUGACGAAAAGAUAAUUUGUGUGCGGUAGAAAGUCACCUGUGAUUAUUUAACAGAAGAACACAUUCGUAUAUCGUCGAAACGAUCUAGUAACUGAGAUCUUGACACGAUAGCUGAUGGAUUUUAUAGCUUUGAUGAUAAACAAAAGAAAGAUUGAUAAGUUGUUAUUUUUUUAAGCGAUUAUUUAACCCCACAACACGUAUUAUAAGGAAAUGAUCUGGUAAUCGGGAUCUGAGAUCAAUUAUUGAUGAUUUGUAAAUGAUAAAAAAGUAGGAAUAUUACCAUGAUUUUCCAUGAAUUAAAAUUAUUUACCUUGUUUAUUAAACGCGUUCUUGAACAUGUUUCUAAAGAUUUCAGUCAUCAAAGGUAUUCAAGUAAUAUUGAUUUUAUAAAUUAUGUAAUUUUGAUAAUGUUCCCUUGAUUUAAGAUUAAAACACUUUGUGUUUCAUUUAAGAAUA